AUGCAUUGUAUAAAAGAUACAUGCAUACAUUAUGAAAAAAAAAUUAAAAAAAAAAUAAUAAUUUCAUUUUCAACUACUUUGUGAUAAUUAAAAAGUGACUUCUAGAACAAUUUCUAAUUUCUGAGAUAUGAUAAAAUAUGUAUUCGCAGGAGCAUUUAAUUGAACAAUACAAUUAUUUUUGAGAUAAAAUAAAUUAUUUUUUUAAAAGGAGGGAUAUCAUAAAAAUAUUAAACAACUUGUUACACGUAAAUUGGUUUCUCUAUAUAUGCCACUUUCCUUAAGUAGAUACUGUUCCAAAAUAUCAGUGCUAUUUUUCAUAUUUUUUUCUUCUUCUUUCUCUUUUUAUCUUUAUAUCUUCCUUUCAUUCUCACUCAGAUUUCUGAUAACACUCUCAGUCUAACAGACUAAACACUCUCUUCUCUUUACCUUCCCCAUUACCUGCUUUUUUCUCUUCAAUAAUAACUCUUUUUCAACAGUAUUUCUGCUUUUUCUUACCUUGUCUACCAGUCACCUGAGUUGACACCUCGAAGAUGGACAUUGACCUAUUAAAGUCCACACCGGAUGACCAAAUUGACAUGAUGCUAAGGACAAUGCACAUGGACAAGCCCACCUCCGAUAUCACCUGCCCGCCGCCUUACCUCGACACGAAUGCAAUGAUGUCAUUUACCGGGGGUGGUAGUGGUAGCUUACCUCAUCAUAUCACCUCAUCACCACCUUUGCUAAAUUCUCCACAAACAACCUUAUCUUUCUCCAACAAUAACAAUAACAACAACAAUAAUAAUAAUUUGUCGUCUUCAUUAUUGCUACCAAAUUCAUUCCCUGCAUACAGCAAUAACAGCAGUGAAAAUGUAACAUCCUUUCCAUCUUCAGCAACAUCAUCGCCCUCAUCACAUAAGCAAACAUCUAUGGCAGCGAUGCGAGAGAUGAUAUUCCGAAUAGCAGCGAUGCAGCCGAUCUACAUCGACCCAGAAUCAGUAAAGCUGCCUAAGAGAAGAAAUGUAAGAAUCUCAAAGGAUCCGCAGAGUGUUGCUGCUCGGCAUAGGAGGGAGAGAAUCAGCGAGCGAGUUAGGAUCCUGCAGAGACUCGUACCUGGAGGUACGAAGAUGGACACUGCAUCAAUGUUGGACGAAGCUAUUCAUUACGUCAAGUUCUUGAAGAAUCAGGUGCAGUCCCUUGAGCGAGCAGCUGUCAAUAACCACCGUCCCAUUCCGGCCUCUACCGGGCUCGGAUUUCCCGUGGCUGUGGCUAGCGGCGGUAAUGGUUAUCAUCAAGUUCAUAUGAAUGUUGCAACUCAUAAUGUCCAGCAUUAUUUAGAUGCAUGAUGAAUUUUAGCAAAUUCAAUUUUUUAAGAGUUACACAUGAGGUUCUUUUUUUUUUUUUACUUGUUUUGUUUUGUUUGUUGUUGUGUUCCAAGUUUUUCUUUUAAUGUUUAGUUUUAAGGUCAUGCAUUAUUGAUGUAAUUUGUUUAGGGAGUAAAAGUUGUAAAGAGAAAGAAAUAUAUGCUUAAUUAUAUGGGGGGGGGGGGGGGGAGGCUGUAAAGUGAGCAAAUUGUAAAGGAACUGUUCCAUUGAAAUUGGUGUACUCCCUUUCAUAUUCUUAUGGAUGAAAUAUCUAGUUUUUUCUAUGCUCCUCUUUUUUUUUUUUUAUUAUUAUUAUUAUUAUUAUUAUUAUUUUUCUUAGCAUGAUAGCAUCAAUGUUGAUAGCUAUGCAAGAGCUGCAGUACCUGAUGUAGAUAGAGGUGAAAGUAAUUCUAUUUAAAAUAAAACUGAAUUAGUAUUUGGUUUUUUUUUUUUUUUUUUUUUUUUUUUUUUUUUUUUUUUUUAUAAUUUGGAUUAGUCCAAUUUGGAAAAAUAAAAAAAAAUAUGGUUUACAAUUUGGUCUCGAUUUGGGAUUAAUAUAUGACUUGUUUAGGGUAAAGAAUAUCCCUUCACGUGGUCCAAUCCUAUAGUGACACGUUACCCAAUAAAAGGGCGAAACAUGUCCUAAUAGGAAGACGACACGUGGCAGAACAAGGGAGCACCUGAAAAAGAGAAGGCCUCCUUACAUCAGGAGGCCCAAAUCUUGAAAAAGCGUC